CCCCGCCUCCAUUUCCCCGUUUUCCCCCCGAUAUUUAGAGCCCUAAUUUAAUCAUUCACUAGUCUAUCUCUCGAAUUUGACGCAAAAAUUCGUCGAUUUGAUCGUUCGCUUGUUCGUUGACUCUGAAAACCCUAACCCCCCGAUCACAAGGAGAUCGGAGAAGAAUAGUUAUUCGUGUAGAAUUCUGAAUCAUACGUCCAAGAUGUUUACUAGAAUAUUCGGCAAGCCAAAGCAGGAGACUAAUGCUGUCACAACUUUGGAUAAAUUAAAUGAGACUUUAGAGAUGCUAGAAAAGAAGGAGAAAGUUCUUCAGAAGAAGGCAUCUGCAGAGGUUGAAAAGGCUAAGGAAUUCACCAGAGCAAAAAACAAGAGGGCGGCCAUCCAAUGUUUAAAGAGGAAAAGGCUCUAUGAACAGCAAAUUGAGCAGCUUGGUAAUUUCCAGUUGCGCAUCCAUGAUCAGAUGAUCAUGCUAGAAGGUGCAAAAGCUACAACAGAAACUGUUGAUGCCUUGAGAACUGGUGCAUCAGCAAUGAAAGCAAUGCAGAAAGCAACAAAUAUUGAUGAUGUGGAUAAGACAAUGGAUGAAAUAAAUGAGCAGACAGAGAAUAUGAAACAGAUACAGGAAGCUUUGGCUACUCCUAUUGGUGCAGCAGCUGAUUUUGAUGAGGAUGAAUUGGAGGCAGAACUUGAAGAAUUGGAAGGCGCUGAGUUGGAAGAGCAGCUUCUUCAGCCUGCAAUUAAUACCCCCGCGGCACCUGUGCAUGCUCCUACACCAGCUGGCAGGCAACCAGCUCGCCCUGCUCCUCAGAAGCAAUCAGCUGAGGAAGAUGAACUUGCUGCAUUGCAAGCAGAAAUGGCUCUUUGAGCAGCUACAUUUCUUCAGUUUAACGGGUAAUUUGGCCUGUAUUUGUGUAUGUGGCAUUUAUGGCACUAGUGGAUCUGUAUCUAUCUUCCCUGUUUUCAGCCAUUGAUGAAAGCACUGAGCUUCUUGGAAUCAUUUGGAACUGCGUGGCCCAAUUAUCUUUAGUGUAUAAUUUAUAGCGGCCAGUGUUACUUCAGCAAAUAUUAAAUAACAGAAUUUCUUUGUAAUUGAUCCAUUGGAGUGUAUUUUUGUGUUGUCGUGAUACAUUUAGUUUUCUGCAGGUAUUGGUCUGGUGAGAUUGUUUGGAGGUUUAGUGUAUCGUUAUGGAGAGUAGUGGUUUUCAUAGGCAGAUUUCUGCCUGUUUGCUGGUUAUGAAAAUCCGUGUACAUAAGUGGUGCGGCGGAAAUUGGAGCUGUCUGACACUGUAAUAAGUUGUUUAAUGCUUAUAAAUGGACUUUUACCUUCACUGCUCGAGAUGUAUGUAAUCUUUUUAGUGCUUCGCUCGUUUACUUGCCUCCUGACUGUCCACAGAGAAAAAAACUCUACUUCUAUA